GGGAAGAGAGAGAAAUCAGGAGAGCAGGGAGGGAGACGGAGCGACGCUAUUGGUUGACUUUUAUAACACCAGCCGUGGUUGAAAUGUUUCUCUCGCAGUCUAAGAAAUAGAGGAAAGAGACAGCUAGAGACGGCAGACUCAGGAAUUACACUCAGAAUCUCUGGAAGGGGUCUGAAAACGAGGGGCUUCAGGUAGAAAGACGGCACACGCAGGGAGAUGAGAGGCGAUCAGAGGCUGGUAUCAAUAAGUCAUGACUUCUGAGGGCUUUGGAGAUGCCUUACUUAUCAACAGGAGUGUUUUCAAAAUCAGCAUUACUGCGUACUGUGACCAUGUAGAUUAUCUACAGCGUUCUGGGUAAAUCUCUCCCCCAUCAUCCCCUGCCUUUCUUUUUUAAUUUUUCCUGACAGAAGUGACACAUUUGACCCGCACGUUGGCGAAGAUCUGAUCUGAAGGCUCUGCUUUGACGGGAGAAAUCUGAGGAAUGCAUCUGAGAAGUAGAUACAGGGCAGACAAUAUUGACAUGGUGCCGACCCAAAGUGACAGAAACAAGGGCAGAGUGGACUGUUCAGAGGCAGACACGACUCCUACCAGACACAGGUAUUCUCUACUCGAUGUAAAGAUCAGUUAAGACGUCGAUCCAUGCUUUGGCCGUGUGUUUGUUGAUCCUCUAAUUGUUAAAAUUAGUGUUAAAUCCAAACUUAUGUGUGCUGAUAUCGUCUUAUUUUUGGUAAAUUACCCGAGCAACAAGUAAUCUGCUUUUGCGCAACAAGCCCGCAUAGUGAGUAAAGCAAUAUGUCUAACUUUAGGCAAGAAUUAAAAAUGUUCAACAGCUUAAUAAUAGAAAUAGGAUGAGCGCCAACAAUGGAUGUUUAAAAAAAGCGUUUAAAUAUGACCUGGAAUAACAUGCCAGUAAGAGUGUUUCAGACUGAACUGUAAGCCAUAAAGCUAACUACUUAAUUAUAUAAUAAGCCAUAACCAUCCUGGAGAGUAAUCCUGUUUUUACUGCUCUUAAUAUCGACAAGAAUCCUGUGCUUCUGCCGUCAGCGUGUCCAUCAGACACUUGUACCUUCAGAGACAAAUGUGUGGGCUUCGUCUCAGGAGAAACUCCUCGGGGGAGGAGGAGACAGACAUUUUGCCUGUCAGAGACUGAAAAAAAGAGGAGCACCGGGGGCCAACAACAGACAACUGUGGCUGAGAACAGAUUUCUUCAGAGCUUCCAAAACCCCGGCGAGACGGCCGCUGUCUCGCUGUCAGCGACACAAAAGGAGACAAAUAGUGGAAGCGGCAACAGCCACAGCUUGAGCUCACUAUUGAUCGUUGCUUUAAGUGAUUGCUCUACCUACCGGGACUGUAUAGAGACUCUGCUCGCACCUGAAGUGGAAACAGACAAUAAGACCCACUCAGGUAGAAGCGGGAGGGGAAGGUACCAGUUACCUGAAAACGAUAUACAGAGAUACGGAAGGAAGUUUUCUUCCUUCACCCCAAGUCAUCAGGCUGGCUGAGGAAGCCAUGGCGUUCACCUUCGCGGCCUUCUGCUACAUGCUUACCCUGGUACUGUGCGCCGGGCUCAUCUUCUUUGUCAUAUGGCAGAUCAUUGCCUUUGAUGAACUCCGCACAGACUUUAAAAACCCCAUCGAUCAGAGCAAUCCUACCAGAGCGAGAGAAAGGAUCUUGAACAUCGAACGGAUCUGCAACUUGCUCCGCAAAUUGGUGGUACCAGAGUACUCCAUCCACGGCCUCUUCUGCCUGAUGUUCAUGUGUGCUGGAGAGUGGGUCACACUCGGCCUAAAUAUCCCACUGUUUUUCUACCAUCUGUGGAGGUUUUUUCAUCGGCCAGCCGACGGCUCAGAAGUGAUGUACGAUCCCGUCAGUGUGAUGAAUGCUGAUAUUCUCAACUACUGUCAGAAGGAGUCCUGGUGUAAGCUGGGCUUCUACUUGCUCUCUUUCUUCUACUACUUGUACAGUAUGGUCUACGCCUUGGUGAGCUUCUAACAACAAGUGAUGCAGAGAUCUUACUGGAAGGACCUAUACGACAUCCAAAACGGAUGGAGGCAAACUCUUCAUCUUUUCAUGUUUCCUGACUUUUGUGGCCACCUCUUGGGCAAAAUAAGAAGACCGAUCUGACUGAAUGUGAGUGUAACAGUGUUACUUAGCAUCUGUUUUAGCCCCUUAUCCAAGAAACCGCUGUCAGAUGCCUGGAGAAAACCAGCUCUGAAAGACUGAAAAGAAACAAAAAGAGGAUGUUCGAGAUGCCUUUGACCCAAUACACAAUUUACCCAAUAUUUCUGAAGGGCUGGAUUUCCCCGCGCUGCUCUUACUGAUCCAGUCGCUCAACUCACUGUGAAUCUCUAAACACUUAGGGGCUGGAAAAGAAAAUAACAUGUCUGUAAACUUUGACUUUCAAAAUGUACUAAAAGCAGGAUUGUUUUGGUAUUAGUCGUUAUAUUUCACUGGUUAUGUCGAACAAUCACACUAAUUGUAUCGCAUGUGCAUUUUGCUAUAUGGAAAGGCUAAACGUGCUGGACAGGCUUGUGCCCAGGCACUGGAAGGAAUGCAGAAGGCAAUGAGCCGCACAGACCUACUAGGUUUGUCAAGCUCUAACAAAAACCACAUUUAAUAUGACAAGAUAAAUAACAUCCAGGUACAAAUCGAACCCAGUCUCACAGAAAAACAUGAAGGAGCCGCUGACAAGAAACUCUGUUUGUGCACAGCAGUGCAAAUCUGUUUAAGUUAUGAACAAAAAUCACAGCAACAAAGUUUAUGAGUGGGCAUGGAGUGGAUUUAGCUUUCAUGCCGAUGUACACAUUUUGCUGUGACACUGGGUUUGCUAAUCAUAAAUCUGACUUCUAGGGUCUGUAUGCUUUCAAAAUGGGUAUGUCUGUAGCUGUAAAGACAUAUAUUUAUUGCUUCAUAGGUUCAUGACUUUGACAAGAGCAUCAUGCUCUAGUAAUAAUGCCAAAAGUUUAAAGUAGAAAAAAACAACAACCUUGUGCCAGACUUUAAAAGGAAUCCCAUUUAGUGCAUUUAAAGAGAUACUUUGGAUUGUUUCUAAAUUAGGCUCGGCAAGGUUAUCAGUACGAGUUUUCUCACCUGAAGUAGACAAGCGUGACGUUGCAGGGAGUUGUCUAAAAGUGAAUAAAAUCUUCAGAGCUGAGAAUGCAUUUACAGAACUUGAUUUCCAAGCAUCAGAAGUAUCCCUUUGACAUUUGGCACCAGGUUUUGUUUUUUGGUUGUUUUUUUUUUCUUAAGGAAAAAAAAAAAAAAGGAAGAAAAAAAAUCUGUUGUACUUUUAGUGUGCAGAGAGCGCCUUAUUCCUGUUUCCAGUGAAGUUUACUCUCACUCAUCUGCAUCUAUACUAUAGUCAUUUUAGCAAGCAGUUUUGGAACUUUUCUCUGAUCCGAGGUAGAGUAGGGAUCUAAUGUACAAAAAGCAAUUAAAAACAGCAAAAUAGCUAUGUUUUAUGAUUCAUGAGACAUAUCAAAGGUGUGUUAUUCAGUGUUUAUAAUACUAGUGAGUAAGGCUCGAGUGUCAGAUGAGACAUUAAUGACUCAAUGACAAAAGUAUCAGUUAUUGAGGAAGUGUAAAAAUGUAGUGAAGUCAUCAUAAUACUGCUCCAGUUGUAGAGAGAUUGGAUGUAAGAUGUAAACCAACAAAGGGUUUCUGCAGUGGA